CACCAGCUGUGGGCCACAGACAGAGAACAGAGAAGUACAGGAUUUAGACACAUUAGACCAACUACUGAGUCAGUUAGAAAGGUAAUCAUACAGUAGAUAUUACCAUUAGGAGUCAGUUAGAAAGGUAAUCAUACAGUAAGUUAAUACAGUAAGUAAACGUAAGUAAGAAUCAUAAAUAUUACAAUAAGAGGUCAGACAGACUUAAUUAGUUGAUUUAUCGAUUGAUUGGUUUAAUCAUUGAUAUUCGGUACGGUUAGUUAAGAUGGCCGAGUACGUCAACAAACAGGUGAUUGAAUUGAAUGAAGUUACUGAAGAAAACCGGAACAGAUUAACGAAGAGCGUGAAGACUGAGACCCAUCUCUCAGAUGGAAGAACAGGAGUCUACAGGCUGGCUGCUGGGUGUUUAGGAGUGCUGUGUGUUCUACAAGUCACUCUCAACAUCUCCCUGAGGCUGGCUUUCUCCGGUUCUAACGAAGAGAGGAACCAGUUAGAGGCCUGUUACAACACCCUGGCUACAGAAAGGGACAGGUUGAGUGGCAUGGUCAGUGUUCUGACCUAUGAUAAGGUGAUUCUGCAGAAGAGGCUCUCUGGGUGUGGUACUGGAAGAGGGGUGGAAGGGAGAUACAUGGCAGUCCCAACGAUGAGGACUGUGUUAAAGUGUCCUAAAGGAUGGAGGAUGUUGGGAUCCAGCUGCUACUUCCUUUCUACUGAGAUGAAAACCUGGCAGGAGAGCAGACUGGACUGUUUUGAGAGAGGAGCAGACCUGGUGAUCAUAAACAGUGAAGAGGAAAAGAAGUUGUUGUACCAGCUGCAUGGUGAUGCAGAUCUCCUGGUCUGGAUUGGUCUGACUGACUCCGUUAAUGAGGGGACCUGGAAAUGGGUGGACGGCACACCACUGACCACAUCGUACUGGAAGAGUGGUAAGCCGGACUAUGGUGGUACCAACAACAAGGAUUGUGUCGAGGUCAACCAUCGGGACAACGUUUUGGCCAACUGGAACGAUGCACCCUGCAACCGCAUGCUGCACUGGAUCUGUGAGAAAUUACAGAAAUAGCUACAUAUACCUCAAAGUUUAGGGCACUUAGAAAUGUCCUUUUUUAUAGAAAAUAAAAUGUUUUGUCUAUUAAAAUGAAAUCAAAUUGAUCAAUAAUACAGUGUAGACAUUGUUAAU